UGAGGUGUUCAUUAAUUCCUGCAUUUUAUGCUCUAGCCACCCAAUAGCCAUGCACGUCUUCUCACUCUUCCUCUUUCUCCUCUUCUUCUCAACUUCAUUUGCAGCCACAGAUACAGUCCCAGAGGGUUCCUCACUCUCCGUAGAGAAACCCAGCGACACCCUCAUUUCAUCCAACGGCGACUUCUCCGCCGGCUUCAUUCAAGUCGGGGACAACGCCUUCUGCUUUGCCGUCUGCUUCACGCGCUCCAAUCCACCCACCGUUUUAUGGAUGGCCAACCGCGACGUCCCCGUCAACGGCAAAGCCUCGCGCCUCUCGCUCUGGAAAAACGGCAACCUCGUUUUAACCGACGCAGGAGAAACCAUUGUAUGGACAACCGCCACCGUCUCCUCCUCCAACCUACACCUUAAGCUAAGAAACGACGGCAACCUCCUUCUCCUCACUUCAAAACACACAGUCGUUUGGCAAAGCUUCGAUUCCCCAACCGACACCCUUCUCCCCGACCAAAAACUCACGGAGAGAGCAAGCCUGGUUUCUUCGAGAAGCGCAACCAACUUUUCCUCCGGUUUCUACAAGCUUUACUUCGACAACGACAACGUUCUUCGUUUACUCUACAAGGGCCCCACCUUGUCCAGCGUCUACUGGCCAGAAUCGUGGCGGUUACCAAUCGACGCAGGCAGAUCCACCUACAACGUAACCAAAACCGCUCUGUUAGAUUCCUUUGGACGCUUCUCCUCCUCCGAUGGCUUUCACUUCCGCUCCACCGAUUACCCAAACAAACUCUAUAGAAGACUCAAGAUGGAUCCUGAUGGUAACUUGCGUUUGUACAGCUUCAACCAGGAGACCAAGACGUGGCAGGUGACGUGGCAGGUUAUUCCCCAACCCUGCACCGUUCAUGGAAUAUGCGGUGCUAACAGCAUGUGCAGUAACCAUCAUGUCACUGGAAGGACGUGCCAUUGCUUGAAAGGGUUUAGGGUUAAGGAUCCUAAUGAUUGGACUCAGGGUUGCGUGCCUCACUUUGACCCUUCUCUAUUUUCUUGCCAGAGUCCUCAGCCUAUGGCUUUUCUUCAUCUUCCAACCACGGAAUCCUACGGCUAUGACUUGAACGUCACUCGCGUUACCAGCUUGAAGGAGUGCCAGGAUUUGUGCCUGCGCCUUUGUGAUAAAUGCAAAGGGGUUCAGUUCAAGUUCAACGAGGUUUCUACUUACAACUGCUACCCCAAAACGAUGGUGUUCAAUGGACGGGAUCCCCCCAACUUCGACGGAGAGUUCUAUCUGAAAUUGCCCAAAGCGGUUUUGCAAUCUUCCGGGGACCCUCUUAAGUAUUCCCCGAUCAAGUGUUCGGCUGGUUUGUCUCAGCCGUUGAAGAGGUUUUAUCAAACGCCUGGGAAAAACUCCACGUUGAGUUUCUUGGUUUGGUUCGCUUUGGGGAUAGGGGCGUUUGAGUUGUCCACUAUUUUCCUGGUGUGGUUCUUCUUGUUGAGAAGUAGCAAGAACCCUGAGGCGGUGGAACAACAGAAACACCUUCUUUCGGCCACGGGGUUUCAAAGGUUCACGUACGCAGAGCUGAAAAGCGCGACGAAAGGGUUCAGGGAAGAGGUUGGGAGAGGAGCGGGUGGGGUUGUUUACAAAGGAACGUUAUAUGAUAACCGCGUUGCGGCUAUUAAACGCUUAAGCGAAGCUACUCAGGGAGAAGCUGAGUUUUUAGCUGAGAUAAGGACGAUUGGGAUGUUGAACCACAUGAAUUUGAUUGACAUGUGGGGAUACUGCGUUGAAGGGAAGCACAGGCUGUUGGUGUACGAGUACAUGGAAAAUGGUUCCUUAGCGGAUAAUCUCUUUUCCAAUGCACUUGAUUGGAAGAGGAGGUUUAACGUUGCUUUGGGUACAGCGAGAGGGUUGGCUUACUUGCACGAAGAGUGUUUGGAGUGGAUUUUGCAUUGCGAUGUGAAGCCACAAAACAUUCUCCUUGACUCGGAUUUCGAAGCUAAGGUGGCAGAUUUUGGGUUGUCAAAGCUUUUAAAUAGAGACGAUGGUGGGAAUGGGAAUGGGAAUUCAAACUUUUCGAGGAUAAGAGGAACGCGAGGGUACAUGGCUCCGGAGUGGGUUUACAAUCUUCGCAUAACUUCGAAGGUGGAUGUUUAUAGCUAUGGGAUUGUGGUGUUGGAAAUGGUGAGUGGAAGGAGUCCAAUGGAAAUGCAGAGCCUUGAGAACAGUAGGGGCAUAGAGCAGCGACGGUUGGUGACGUGGGUAACGGAGAAGAUAAAGCAUGCACCGACGAGUGCAUUUUGGAUUGAGGAGAUAAUUGAUCCCAACUUGGAAGGCGAAUACAACGUUUCAGAAGUGGAGAUUUUGGUGAAAGUGGCUUUGCAGUGUGUGCAAGAUGACAUGAAUCAAAGACCGUCCCUGAGCCAGGUCGCCGAGAUGCUUCUCUCUCAUCAAAACAAACUCCUCCCUCGUUAGUUCUUACGUAACAUUUACGUACUUUGCAACUUUUCAAAUAUUUUAAUGCAUGUUGUAUAUUCAUCCAGAUUGUAAACACGUGACGAUUAUGUUCGUGAACCAUGUACUGCGAAUUGCUCAUCCAAUUACCACCACGUACGUGCUUAUAGUUAAACUAAUCUCUAGUUUAGCACUUAAACUUCUCAGAAGCUCCAUAAUGAGAUUGACAUGAAUUAGGUCAUGACUCAUGAUGAUGACCGUAAAAAUAAGCAAAUAUUAAAACCCUGCGCCACCACUAUGUCAAGUUGUCAACCCUAGUGGGUGAUUAUA